AUGCCGACUCCAGCCUCGGCCGCAUCACCACAAUUUACACGUCUAGCAAACAUUUGGAAAGUAUUGUCCCUGCGCAGCGACGUCGAUAAUAUCAUAUUGGAACUGGUGGGGCAGUUUUCUCUCGAAAAAGUAUAUUCUGAUGGCGAUAAAGAAACCUAUCAACAUCUGGUCAUAACCCUGUUUGCUCAACUGAAUGCCAUUUUUUAUAUUCAACGUCUAUCCGUACCAUCCGCAAAGCUUCAACAUGAUGGAUGGUAUUUCGGAUUUCUGGCCAGUUGGGAGGUCAUUUUGCGAACAAUCGAAUUUGUUUUGCAGAUCGUUAUCGAAGGUCGAGAAAGUCUGUGGGAGUCGCGACCGUUGAGGGACAAGUAUUUGGCAGAGUUGUUAAUGUCUGCUCUUCGUGUCCUUAUUCUUCUACCACAACCACAACCACAAUCACAAUCACAAUCACAAUCCGAUAGCAAACCUCAAUCGCAAUCUAUAAUCGACCUGCAGAGAAAGAAUCGUCGGGAUAGAUUCGCACGUAUUCAUCGUUCACUCGAGGAUAUGUAUGAUAGUUAUCCAGGACCUAAAUCAUUUUUGUUGUUGGUUUGCAAAGAAAUAACUGAGUCAUUGCGGGGUUCCGAGCCUAACCCACUAGCUCUACCCCCUAAAUUAAGGGACGAAUUACCAAAUUUGGCAGAAGAAUUGUACCCAUUGAAUGAUUGCUUUUCAACUAAAUAUAUAUCUACUCUCAUACCCCCAGAUGGUUCAGGAGGGAGAGGAGGAAGAGGAGGAGGAGGAGGAGGAGGAGGAGGAGGAGGAGGAGAAAGAGGAGAAGGGGGAGCAGGAUGGCUCGCACAGUUCCUCGCCCUACGAGAUAUCACACAAUUCGUGGUUGCGGCUUCAAUUCAAUAUACAAUAAAUGGAGAAACUCGCGAUGCAUAUCUUUCAGCGGCAUCAGAACGAACGAGGAAUGCGGUUUUAAGAGCAAUUGAGAACAUGCGAAUACCACCACGAUUCUCUAAAGAUGAUUUGCUUGGUACCUUCACUGAUCAAUAUCGAAUUGUCCUUCCAGAUACGCCAGAUUUGAGAAGACAAUCGAUGCAAAUACAGAUAGAUGAUCAGGAAUUGGAUGCAAUAGAUGCACUGUGUCUACGACUCAGUGAUCGCCAAAUGAUAAGUCGUGUGAGUGAUAGGGAGAUGAUGCAUACAAUAUCUGAAAUUACGAAAAGAAUUAUGGCCCUUGAUGACCCAACUCGCAAUACUAAACCAUCACGACCGAGAAUAUAUACACUCAAUUGUUCCAAGUGCCAUUUGGCUGGUGCCUCGCAAAUGAGAUACCUAGAGAAUCUCAAGUUUCCGCAUGCUGACGAUGAUCUAUAUACUCAGUUGGACAACCCAGAAACUAAUGAGGUUAGAUUACCUUCAAAAACAAAGUGCGUUCAAUGUGAGGAACCAGUUACAUUAAUGCGUGAGAUGACACUUGCAAGGCAAGUUUGGGACCUCCUUGAACCCUUUGAAUCUCAUGCAGAUGCAGUAAAUCUGGAACGACAUGUUCCCACAUACUUCCAGCUUCCACCACCAAAGAUGGAUGGAGGCAUUCCUUUCCAUGCAACGGCAUACAGUAAUUCUAGUGCAAGCAAUCCUAAGAUGCGUACAUAUGAUACUGAACCGCCUUCACCAUUUCACAAUAAGACAUCUUUUACAUCUGCAGCUGCCCAAGAUCGCUCUAGAUCUCUACCUCAUAAUUUACCAUCCCAAGUAUCACCAACCAUUGGCACCUUCGGCCAAAGACUAGAUACGCCCAACACUCUACCCUCUUCAUCUUUUGACAUGACUCCUUCUGAAAGUUCGAGGUCGGGCGAAGUCUCGAGAAUGCCAGAACUUCGAAAGACUUCGACUGCCACAGACGAAACGCCAUUUUAUCCAGAUUAUGUCUCGGCCCAAGGAAGUGCUUCGCCCAAUGAACAAACUCCUUCUGGGAUGGCUCCCGAAUCUGGAGCUUAUUUUACGAAUAGGCCUACAAUGGGACAUAGUCAUUCCGAUAAGAAAAAGUCGAAGGGUGGAUCCAAAUGGACAUCUGUGUUCACCGGAACGAGGAAAGAGUCUAUGCCCGGGCAGUCCGUGGAAACCACUUCAGUAUCCUCAUCAGCAUUGGAGGCUCAAAGACUGGACGAAAUAAAUUUAGAAAAUUUGGUACGGGUGCCGAGGAAGACAUCCUCAAAGAGCAAAACCGCCAAAGCAAUCAAUAUAUCCCUAUCACAAAAUUCAACAAAUGGUCUAUUCUGGACUCAAUCUCUAAUACAAAUAUGGGAUGUUGGAGCAUCUCCUCCUGCAAUGACACGUGUAUUUCCAACGGAGAGUAGUUGCUACAAGGCAACUGUAACAAAAAUGUAUUUAGCUUAUAUCAUUGGCACACGAGAUCCAAAACUCACACUUAGAAUAGUAAAUCUCCAGACCUCCGCACCCAUCGUGGAAUACCCCCUACCACCAAAUCUCUGGGCCAGCAGUAUAGCCAUAUCUCCCAACGAGACUACUGUUGCCGUAGGAUUCAACAACGCAACCGUUUACUUUUUCAAAACCACCUGUUCGGCAGAACCCAGGGAAGACCGUCUCCACAGCCGAAUCCACAAAGAAUGCGAAGACUGUCCCGAAGUCGAUACCCUCUCCUAUUCCGACGACGGCAUGCAUCUCCUCGCCAGCACCCGCAGCGCCAAAAGUGGCGCCAUCCAAAUAUACUUCUGGAUGACCCCCAUGCAAGCAUCUCAAGAACUUGUCUCCUGUCGCUACCACGUCCCUCUACACGAAUCCGAAGAUCGCGGCCUAUCAUCAGCCAUCUUUCGCUCCAGAACUGGCAUCGAAGAAGUUCUCGUGUGCGUAACCACCUGGACACAAUCCGGAGUUCCAGUCCUCGUCCAUCCUAAAACAGGUCAGAAAACUGAUAUCAGAACGGAACCGAAUCGCUCGGGAAAACUGGGGAGUCGUAUUCAAUGUGCGAGCUUUUCGCCGUCGGGCAAAGAACUCGCUAUGGUUAAUGAAAAGGGCCAUUUGUAUUUGAUUUCGGCGCUUAAUUCGAAUCCGCUGGAUAUUAGGAAAAUUGCCGUUUCCAGGGAACUGACAAUUAAAUCUGAUUUUUUCGCCAUGACGUUUAUGUCGUUGCCGGAUGAGGAGGCCGCGAUUGUUAUGGCGUGGAUUGAUCCUUCCAAGGCGGAAAGGGGGGUCAUUAGGAAGAUUCCAUUGACUGUGGGCGACGCAAACAUGUCCACAACACCCGUCCUACAUAAAUCCGAAGCAGGUACCGGUGCCGCAGCAGCCAGUAAUCCGUUUAUGUCGGGCGCGAUAAAUGAAUUACCGGGCGAUUCUAGACCGAUUGAAAUGGUGGCGGAUGAGGAACCGGUUACGAAAUAUAGGAUGAUGGGGUUUGUGAGGCAUCCGAAGAAGUGA